AUAAAUAUCCUUUGCCAUACAGAUUGCAAUCCAUUAACUCAAUAAUACUGGGAAUGAAACACCGAUAGACUCAAAAAAGAGUGGCUGAAAAAUUUGUGACAGCAAAAACAGAAGAAAAAGCAAAAGAAUCGGAACUGAAAACCAAGGAGGAGCUGAAGCCCUGGGAGCAGCGCUCUGUUGUGAUCACCAUUCCUCGUUUUGACUACAACGCCUCUUCUUCUCUCCUCAGUCAUUCCCACUCCGGAUUCCUCAUCACCUGCCCCAUCAAGAGGGAGAUGAGUGCAACAAAAGAAGCCAUGUCAAUUUUUGAAAAGUAUGUCAGAUCUUUGAGUAUUCUAAAUGCUGAAGGUUCUGAAAGUUUGGAUGAGAAUAUGUCAGCUAAGAAGAGGAGAAUAUCUGUAAGUACAGAGGAGGAACUUGGCAACAGUUUGGAGAGGAAAGAUGCGGCCGAUGACUUUGGAGAACCUGUGGCUCUUUGGCUUCUUUACCUUUUGGUUCUGAGCCAGAGACUCCACAACUAGAGCAAAUUUUGCACCAGGGCAUGUCCUGCUUGGCAUGGUUAUAUUUUUUAUGGCAAGAUUGAGUGCUGUGACCGGCUUGAUUGAGAAAUUCAUCUUCACGGGCUUAAGAAGAGGGCAACGAGCAUUGAUGGUCAACUUCACUGGCCUGCUCAUCCUCCUCUUUGGAGUAUCUGUUGGCUUCACUGUUCUUCUUCCAAGAAGUUAUUAAAGAAGUAGUCAUUGGAAAAUCUUGUAAUGUUUGGUUAUAUUUAUAUAUAGUUUGGCCCAAUAUUGCAGCUAGACUAAACAUUUUGUUAGAGUAAUGAUUCCCAUGUUUGUUACAAGUGUUCUGAGUAUUUGAAUAGUUUAUUUGGUCAAAUAGUUCUUUUAAAACCUGCAUUU